AUGUCUUUUCAUAAGUCCUGUAAAGAUAUUCGUCUCGAGCCCUAUGAGGGUCAGGCCAUGCUCUCUGCCGUCGUUGAGACAGAUGAUGAGGAUGCUUCUGCGGGGGAUCGCUGGGUGCUAUUUCUUGACGAGCAAAUUGGUAAUCACAAUGGUCAGUUCUGUUUUCCAGGCAAGAACUUCACCCAAACCGCGAAGAAUGUCAGUUUAGAAUUCCGGGACGGUGUUCCUUGGUUGACCGCAGGAUGGCUUCAAGACCAAUAUGGAAAUUGGGCAACGCCGAGGAGCUUCAACUUGGCUGAACACGUCAAGAACGACCGUGGCGCGCUUGCCUGGGCUGUAAGUUGA